ACUUCAUGGCGAGUUUGCCAAUUUACCUUGAAGAACAACAGUAGAUCAGUUGCAACAGGUUGCAAGUUUGCUUGCACGCAUGAGCAAAAGAGAAACGACUGGGAAACGUGACCACGUGUUAAUAGGUGUUAUUAUGCUUGGCAGCAUACUUACUGGAAAAAUUGUAAACAUUUUGCCUGAUAAUAACUGUUGUCCAUGAAAAUGUCUGAAACCUCAGAAGACAUUAUUGAUAUUAUUGACUUAGUGUCUGACGAUGAAGAGAUAACACCAUGCCAAAAAGCGUCUCGUCAGAAUGUUCCUUCCUCAGAAGUGGAGAAGUGUCGUGAUUAUGUUUGCAUUUCCUGUAUCAAUAAGUCUCUAACUGAUCCUAGUGGAACCAGAGAUUUAAAUUGUAUUUUGUGUACAUUGUCGAAUUCAGACACAGCAGAGAAUAAGCACCGAUAUUGGUGUUACAUUUGCAAUAAUCUUGCAUCCCAUAAUUGCCAUACAGAAAAUCAUGAGAUUGAAAACUAUAAUCAUUACUACCACACACAAUCUAUAUUGAUAAAGUCCAAUAUGAAACAAACAAAUUUGGCAUGUGAUGAAGCACUUCAAGAUUGCCAGAAAACAGAAAAAGCUGUUGAAGCCAUCAUUGCUUGGAUUAGAGUACUUCUGUUGGGAAUGACUCAAAGAGAUUCAUCUAGCACUGAUGCCUCUUUUCAGUGUCAAGUUUUCAUCGCUCAGUUAGAAUCUCUUAAAACAGCUGGAGUGUUUCAUGUGGCAGAAGAAGAAGACAGUGGCAUUCUAAGUUACAUCAGUCAGCUUACCACUCAUUUCACUGAUAGAUCAACUGAAGUUCAAGCUGCUCAAACGAAAAUUCGUAAUCUCCUCGAAAAAUGUAGCAUUCAACAAGAAUCCAGUCAAUCCUCACAAUAUUCAAAUGGGGAAUCUUCACCCGAUCUGAUCAACAAACUCACUACUGCCUUACACCACAACAAUAAAUCUUAUGUUGAUGUCCUAAUUUCACUGUUGAAAGAAGAAGAAAAUCCAAAAAAUGACCUUGAAUUGGAUUUGAGGAACAGCGAAACUGAGAAUCCGAAGAAAGGCGAAAACAUCCAAGAAAAAAUUGAUGAAAUUCUCGGAAACUGUGAUCCACUUUCCUCGUGCUCAGGUAGUCUAGGACAUCCCAAGAGACGAGCAGAUGAAGAACCAGAAUCGGAUACUGCCAGGAUUUAUAAGAAAAGACGAGGAUUUUCUAAUGGAGAAAUUGCCGAUGAUCAACACGUGCGAACUUCUCCUUUAAAAACUCAAAGCCAUCAAAGUCAACCAAUAUCAACACCGUCUGUUGAUAACACCAUCAGCAAAGAAGCUGGUGCCGUGAUUGGUUCUGGGAUUAGUGUUGGCAAUUAUCUUAGCAAAUUCAAUGAAAUCCGUUCUGAUCUAGCGCAGAAUCUCCAAGAAGCUCAGAUUAGACUGAAGAUUCUUGAAGAGGGAGCGAUUACGUUAGGAAAUGAAGAGGCGAAUCGACAGAAAUUAUCGAAUCGCAUCGCUGAACUUGAAGCCGAUUUGGCCGCAAUGGUUGAAAAGGUCAAAUUGGCCGAAAACUCAGAAGCUAAAGCACGACAAGAAACAUCCAAUUUAUUGAAACAUGCAAAAGAAGUACAAGAAAAGUAUGAAAAGGAAUUAAUACGGCAUACUGCUGAUGUUGAGCAGUUGAAUUCUGUUCGAGAAGAGAUGGAGCAGUUGGAACAGAAUCAUUCUCAACUUGAAGCCAGACUUGCCUUGCUCCAACAAACUUCCAUGCAACUGGAGACUGAAUUUAUCAGUGAUCGGACUAGCUGGCAGGCUGAAAAAGAUCUUUUAGAAAAGGAAAGCGCUGAAAAAGAUCAGAGAUGUGCCAAAAGGAAGAGACUGAUCGGUGCAUUGCAAAAUCAAAUUACUUCCCUAAGUUCUCACAUAACUGAAGUGAACCGAUGUCAAGAAAUAUUAAUGAGAGCGCUUAGUGGGGAAGAUACCGAUUCAACACUCAAUUCCUCUGAUAACGAAGUUGAUAUACAUGUCAUGAACCAACUUCUGAAAAUGGUGCGCUGUUUCCGUCAUGAUAAGGAUAAUGCAGUAUCACGAUCUACAGUCCUGGAAACAGAAUUCCAGCGUCUGAAAAUGCAAUUAGAAGAAGCGGAGCGCCAAGCUAACAAAUUUCAGACCACCUUAAGUGAGGAACGAGAAGAACGAAAGGUCCUUACCGAUAGCCAUCGGCUUUUAAAAGACGAAAAAGAUAAUCUUUCUAAUCGAGUUGAAGAACUGAGCGUUAGAGUAAAUGCUUUGGUAUCUGAAUUGGAGUCCCUGCAGAGCAUCAAUCAGCAGUCGUCUUGCGAUCUGAAGGAGCUCACCGAGGAGAAUGAAAUGCUAAAUCACCAAAUUUCUUUAUGGAAGGCGAAAACUGACAUGUUGCAAGAAAAUGCUGAAAAGAUUAGUAAACAGCAAUCCAACGAAGAACCAAUUAAAAAACAGAGCAAAGAUAUCAAGACGUUGGCAGAAAUGAAACAAUUCAAUAUGCAAUUGAUCACUGUAAAACUUGAAUUAGAGCAAGCAGCUGCAGCAGCCAAAGAGGAUUCAGAGAAAUCAAAAUCAAGGUUGGUUGAAGCUCUUGCCAAAUUUGACGAAAAAACAGCCAGUGAAUCCGAACAAGUCACUCAGCUACAGCAGAUUGCUCUCGAAUACAAGACGCAGUAUGAGAACCUCAAAGUCCAACAUGACAACUUGAUUAAAGAGCACGAAGAGAUUUGCGCUGUCCAGACGACACGAAUUCAGGAACUGGGUGCUUCGAUUGGCAAGAUAAAUGAAGAACUGGAGGAAUUCAAGAAGAAAAAUUUAGUUCAAGAGAAGUUCAGAGGAAAAGUUCGACUUCUUAUGGAAGAAAGAAGCUCAAGUAAUCGGAAUUUGAACAAAAUGCCUCAGCUCGUCCCUAUAAACGUGACACCAGUUUUACCAUCAGCCACGUUAUCUGAUCAUCCUCUGAAGAAAAAUCAGGAGCAAUUCAACUCAUCAUUAGAAGAAAUCAACUCUCAUCUGGCUGUAGCGUCCCGCCCUGAUAUUAUUCCUCUUGCUUCUGCCACGUCUUCCGAUUCAGAAGCCGUCAAUGACGAAGCCACUUUCAAUCAGGAAUCAGACAAUUUGUUUGAUCGUGAAUUUGAAUUUCUCGUUCACACUCAAAACUGCCAGCAUGGAAGGAAGGUGCCCAAUGGAGAGCGCACCGUUUGCCUCUGCCAUCCGCUGAAAAUAAUGUUGAAACACUCAACUUCAUGUAAUGCUGGCGAAAUGUGUCCAGUACCUGAUUGUUGGUUUUCACUCUCCUAUCAAUCGGAAGAGGUUUCCACUAAAAUCGCCCGACUGGAAUCUGAUCUGCUGUUUGUGGUGGAACAAGCUGAAUUAGCCGAAGAAUCGGAAGCAGCUGCACAUCAACAAGCUUUGAAUGAAGUGAAGCGUGCUAUGGAAGAUCGUGAAAGAUUCGAAAACGAGUUGUUACGACGAACUGCUGAAGUUCAGCAACUGAAAAGUGACUUGGAGCAAACCCGUUCUCAGCUAACAGUUGCCUUAGAACAACUCAACAGUAGAGCUACGCUCGACGAAAUAAAAAAUCUGCAAUCUGGCAAAGAGAGUGCUGAAACUGAACUGAAACAAAUCAAGAAAGAAGUGGAACAAAUCAAGAAAAAUGUGGAACAUUUGAAGAAAUCCGAAAUUUCAGAAAAAGAAGAACGAGUUCGCGUAGCUGAUGAAGAGAUAAAGAAUCUGCAAUCUCACAAAGAAAAACUUGAAAAGCAUCAAGAACAAUUAGAACGCUCUCAAACCAUAUUGACCGCCCAGUUAAAAGAAUCUCAGAAAAUCAACACGCAGUUGGUUGCUGAAAAAGAAAAUCUGGAGGGCAAAGUUCGUGCAGCCACAGAAUUGAUAAGAGAACUGCGGCCUUACAAAAAAUUGAAUCAAACGCAGCUAGAACAGAUGAAGCAGUCUCACACCUCAUUGACUGAACAAUUAGCGAAUUCUCAACAAAGCAAUACACAACUGAUUGCAGCAAAUCGGGAAUUGGAAGAACAAAAUCACACUGCUGUAGAAGAAAUAAAGAGAAUGGAAUUUCACAAAGAGAUGCUUCAAUUGGAACUGGAAGGAAUAAAGCGACUAAAAAAUGAAUUAGUCGACCAAUUUACCGAAUCUCAGGUAACCAACACUCAACUAAUGGAAGCAAAGAUGGAAUUGGAGGCAAAAGUUCGCGCAGCUGAAGAAGAGUCACAGAAGUUGCUCUCCGAAAUGAAUACUGAUCUUAAGCAACUUAACGAAGCUCUCGAUGAAGUUACUCGCUUACGCGAAGUAGGGGCUAAGUAUGAAGGACUCAAGAAUUGCUACAAUAAGAGAAAACUGGAACUCGCAAGUGUUUUUCAAGAAAAGGAAAAUCUUCGCCAGCAAGUUGAUCAACUAUCAAUCGAAUUGGAAGAAACCAAAAAAGAAAGUCAAGCGGAUGAAAGAAUACGUAAAAAACCUCGUCUUCUUGUUGUAACGGAGGAGACAAACACAAAUCAGCAAACACCGCAUCAACAGGAUCAACAAAACGUUUCAGUGAUGGAUACGGCGACAUCAUCGAUUUUGAUGUCAUGCAACAAGGUUCCAAACAAGAGUCAACAGCAAAAAUCAGUUAGCACUUCUUUUGUGGCAGCACCUACUGCGGCUGUCGUUCCACCCUGGACCGGAACAAUGACGACACAAUGGACCGGAAUUGAUGAUAGUGAAAGAGAGCCAGUUAGUUUGGAUGUUGAGGACAAUCCGAUCAGCAGGAAAUUGUUUACUACACGGCACAAUGUCCUGAAUCACGCUCGAAAAUGUCCUUUAAGAAUGAAAAAGUCAAAAGACAAGUGUCACGUUCCACUCUGCUUAGAAUUGGCUGCCGUUUUGGAUCACAUAACGAAAUGUAAGGCGGGUGCAUCGUGCCGAAAAGCUCAUUGUUUAUCUUCUCAAAAGAUAAUUCCCUAUUGGAAAUUAUGUAAACAAAAAAACUGUCCGCUGUGUUACGUUAAUCGAUCGGUAAGCCGGAAAGCAGACAAGUCUGAAGUUCUUGAUAACAAUCCGCCGCGCAGUCCGUUGCAGAAGCUUAUGGAUGAACGAUUUUGUUCAUCACAGCGCUUUGAAUCCUUAGCGAUGGCUAUGUUGACCCAGCUUCACAACAGUUGGGAAAACAAGUUUGUUUACCCUUGUAAUAACUGCAAAUCGAAAGUGGAAACUCGAUUCCGUUGUAACGUCUGUACAUUCCCUGUUUUCGAGUUGUGCGUCCACUGCUACAAGAGAGACGGUCAUUGUCAUCAGAUGGAUGAAAUGGGAUUCGGUUUGGAUGUUUGUUCCUCGAAUGCAGAACAGACACACUCCCAUAAAAUUGAUCUAGUUGCGCGUGGAAUCCUGGCUUUGGCUCAUUCGUUGAAAUGCGACAAACUAAAUUGCGAUUAUUUGUUUUGUGACAGAAUGAAGAUUGCGGUCAAACACAUGCAUAAAUGCGAGAUCAGUGGCUGCCCUUUUUGCUGUCAGCUGGUUGUGUUAAUUAUUUAUCAUGUCAAACACUCUUGCCCCAAGUUAAAAUAUCCUAGAAACAACUGUACAGUGCCGUUUUGUAAUUUUUUGAACGGGAUGAUUGCUAGUACAACCAAUGCGAGCAUUAAUUCAGCAUUUGCAAACAUCGCGUACGUGACAAAACCGAAGGAUCCGGUCACUAAGGGUUGGAAUAUUUCUUCUAUUAAGGAAAAUCCUGGAGUUUCGGGAACUAACUUGGUGACCGUUUUACCUCAGCAUUCACUAAAGGAAACUGAAACGAAAACACAGACCAAUUCUCAGCUGAUCUUGCCGUCCGAGUUACGUAAAUACAGCGAAUUUGGUGUCUACUAAUUAAUUCAAAUGAUGUGCUACUUAAAGAAAUCAAGACGUUUUGGGAUGUGUCAAUACAUUUUUCUGUUUUUCCCAAAAUUUUAAUCGUUUUUUUUUUUUUUUUUUUUAAUUAAUUGGUGUGUAAGUUUUCGAUUAUCGUUUUGUCAUAAAUAUUUGUUAAGUUUCGGAUGUAGCUGCCGGCUAAUGUCGCUGUUUGGUUAUUGUCAUCCUCCCCAAAGAACAGCAGGAUAACAAAAGGUCAAAAGCAUCGAGAAAAGAGGAGCUUUAAUUAAAUACGGUGAUGGAUGCUAGAGGGUGUGCGUUCCCAACUGUCGAAAGUAAGUGUAAAAAAAAUUUCCACCAGGGUACAGUCCGCAUAACCGCUGCAUUAGUUGUUAGGGCGCCGAAGAAGAAAGACCUCUCGUUAGCCUAAUGCCAAUACUAAUCGUUUUGUGAAAUUCAAAGAAAAUCACUAAAUCAGCAUUUCUUUUUAAAACGUAAAAUGGGUGAUUAGGUUUUUAUUUUUAGGCUAUAUUUUUAGAAACUAUUUUUUUCUUAAAUCGUAUCAAAUUGUUUCACUUAUUUUCGUAGAUUGUAUUUAAUAAUAAUCUAAUAGCUUUAAACUCUGUGUCUUGUGUAAUAAUUUCUAAAUCAGGCCCUUGUUGCGAGUCGCAAACGAACUCGCUGUUCCUUGUGCGUUUCUUUUGGCUAACGAUGGCUUUAUUUUUCAGCUACUUUGCACAUCCUGUAAAAAUGUAUCGGCAGUUUUGUGUGGUAAUUUCUUGGUGAUGACUGACGAUAACUAUUCCACCAACAAAGAUCACUUGUUAAUUGUUUGAUAAUUGUUUUUUUCCCUACUAAAUCUAUUUCACGGAGAUGACGAACAUUUUUGGUUUAUAUUUUCGUUUUCCGUCCCACUAUCGUCCGUGGAUUGUAAGGGCUGUCAGUAGGUGGCUAAAUAUUUCAAUGUGUUUAGGGAUUGAACUAUUCAGCCCUAGUGUGUAGAGGGAUGUACUGGAGGGGGGAGGGUCACCACAGUUUUGAGACGAGAAACCAUUUGUCGUUCUUUUAUUUCCGAGACGCUGACCGAUAAGGUUACUCCAGUCAUUACUGCUGGGUACUUUCAUUCCUGAAAUUGUUCUUCAUAAAAAAAGGUUGGUGGAGAUUGUUCUCGAUGUGGAAUGCCAAAUCAACAAGAUGAGAUGAGAUACCAAGCCUCUGUGAAGAGGCCUCUACCAUGUUGCGAUAUGAAAAUGUGCACACUAGGCAAGCUGAAAUGAAUUUACUCGAGUUGGGCCUAAAAUUCAUGAUUUAGAAGCAAUUUGACAACUACCAACUGUUUCAAAUAAGCAUUUGUGAAAAAAUUUUGAUCACCUUGGGAAGAGUUACAAUUUGGUUUAUUUGAGAAUUUUUACAUAACAGAGCUAAAAUUAUCCAUUUUAUAUUUUUGAAAUUUUAUUGGUUUAUUAAUGUACUUUUGGCUCUUGCUUUGCAGGUUUCAUUGGUUAGCGAAAGUUUGAGCUGUUCAUGGUUGUGAUGUUUGGUGUGGCAGUCAUUUUCUGAUUGAGAGGUGCACUGAAAUGGAUCUUCUACAGACUUGCAGUUCAACAUCAUACUUCAAUUUACCAUGUUGGUGUCCAUGCAGAGUUGAGCUGUUGUGCAAAAUAAUAGGUGUUGCCUUGCUUUCUGGUAAUUUGUUGGUGUGUUCUUCUGCUACCUGUAUCAAUGUUGAGUUCAAUCGAACGGUGCCGUUCCGGACUUCAUCCAUUGGUGAAGCUAAGAAGAGGUUGCUGAACUUAAUUUGGUGCUGAACUUCAAUAGAUUGAUAAAUUAUUUAGUCUUAGAGAUUUUCAAAUUCAUAUCUCUUCUCUCUUUCCCCAAGUAAACAAAAUUUCCUCUUAGGUAGUUGUAUGGAUGGGGAAUUGCAAUAAGAUUUUAUAUUUUCUGUGAGAAAGCUCAGUUAAACCUAUAAAAAUCUUGUGUACUGAUUAACUUACAUCUACCAUAACAAAUCUGAAAUAAUCAAAAAUACCACCUUGUUACAAAAUAAAAAUUAUUGAAA